AAGGCGCGGACCCGCGGGCGCCACCCCAGUCUACUGCCUGUAACCUGUCCCAGCUUCACAGCCGCCGCUGGUUCCAGACCCGACGCCACCAUGCCCAAGUGCCCCAAGUGCAACAAGGAGGUGUACUUCGCUGAACGGGUGACCUCGCUGGGUAAGGACUGGCAUCGGCCCUGUCUGAAGUGUGAGAAAUGUGGAAAGACGCUGACCUCUGGGAGCCAUGCAGAGCAUGAAGGGAAGCCCUACUGCAACCAUCCCUGCUACUCAGCCAUGUUUGGGCCCAAAGGCUUUGGACGGGGUGGAGCUGAGAGUCACACUUUCAAGUAGACCCAGGUUGUGGAGACUCUAUCCUCAGCCACCCGCUGGACCCUUGGCUGUCCAGGCCUUACCCCCAGAAACCCUGGGCUCGUGGUAGCCCUUCAUGCCCUCAAUAAACCCAAGUACUUGGAAGACC